GUCUGACAUUCAGGGCUCCUCCCUCGAGGCCGAGCCUGUCGGUGGGGGGGGUCGUGCAGGAGGUGGAGGGUGUGGUGUGGUGGAGGCAUGGCCCGGGGAAGACCGUGGGCCUUUCCCCCCGUACAUGCCUCUGGAGGCCGCAUAGAAGAGGGCACUGGGGCCCGGGAGCCUUCUCAUCCCACCCAGGACGGGAGAAGACGGCCCCGCACCAGAUGCCACGAGACCCGGGUCCUGGUCCCUGCUCUGCAGCUUAUUACGAUGUACCCUUAGGGCACCCUCUCUGAGCCUCUGUUUUCUCGCUGGGAGGGUAAAGAUGGGAGACGGCAAACCCAGAUCCCCGCCCCCCCCCCCCCAACUGCUUUCCUCUCCUCCCUCCUCUGUUCUUGCCAGGUCCCAGGACCUCUCUGGGCCUCAGUUUCUCCCACAGCCCAGCCCUCAACUCUGUGUUAGGAAAGCCUCUUGGCUGAGGCCACUCCCACGCCGGACACCUUCGAGGUGCAAACCAGGGCAAUUACUGGGCGAUUAGGUGCCACUGCUAGGGCGAGAGGGGCCACGCCUCCGCGGGCACGCUGGGCGUCCUGCCUAGGAGUGCCCCGGGAUCUGCCUUGUUAAUGCGGGUCCGGCUGGCUGCUGUGACACGCCGUCCUGAAGGUGCACACAUCACACGCCGAGGAAGCCAGGGCAGGCCGGCCUGGCAUGGCAGGGAUCAGAGUCACCGAGGUGGACUGGCAGAGCCUGAAGAAUGGCGUUGCCCACCACACCCAGGAGUACCCCUGCCCUGAGCUGGUGGUACGCAGGGGCCACACGUUCACCUUGGUGCUGGAGCUGAGCAGACCCCUGGAGGACCAGGAGACCAUCAUCUUCACGGUGGAGACAGGACCCCAGGCCUCCGAGGACCACCACACCAAAGCCGUGUUCCAGAUAUCGGAGCCAGAAGUGGGCAAGACCUGGACAGCGGUGAAGGAGGCGGAGACGGAGAACACCGUGACCGUCAGCAUCAGCAGCCCUCCCAACGCUGUCAUCGGCCGCUACCUGAUGAGCACCAGGGUCUCCUCUCGCCGAAAACAUAAUGACCGAAAGCUGGGCGAGUUUGUUCUCCUUUUCAACCCAUGGUGCCCAGAGGACGACGUGUUUCUGGCCUCAGAGGAGGAGAGACAGGAGUACGUGCUCAAUGACAGCGGGAUCAUCUUCCGAGGCGUGGAGAAGCACAUCCGAGCCCAGGGCUGGAACUACGGGCAGUUUGAGGAGGACAUUCUGAACAUCUGCCUCUCCAUCCUGGACCGAAGUCCUCUUUACCAAGAUGACCCAGCCAUCGACGUGUCCUGCCGCCAUGACCCCAUCUACGUCACCAGGGCCAUCAGCGCCAUGGUGAACAGCAACAACGACCGGGGAGUGGUUCAAGGCCAGUGGCAGGGGAAGUACGGCGGUGGCACCAGCCCCCUGCAUUGGCGUGGCAGCGUGGCCAUUCUGCGCAAGUGGUUCAAGGGCAGGUUCAAGCCAGUCAAAUACGGCCAGUGCUGGGUCUUCGCUGGAGUCAUGUGCACAGUCCUCAGGUGCCUGGGGAUCGCGACCCGGGUCGUGUCCAACUUUAACUCGGCCCAUGACACGGACAGGAACCUGAGCGUGGACAAAUACGUGGACUCCUUCGGGCGGACCCUGGAGGACCUGACAGAAGACAGCAUGUGGAAUUUCCAUGUCUGGAAUGAGAGUUGGUUUGCCCGUCAGGACCUGGGCCCCUCUUACAAUGGCUGGCAGGUUCUGGACGCCACCCCCCAGGAGGAGAGCGAAGGCGUGUUCCGGUGCGGCCCAGCCUCGGUCACUGCCAUCCGCGAGGGGGAUGUGCACCUGGCCCACGACGGCCCCUUUGUGUUUGCGGAGGUCAAUGCGGACUACGUCACCUGGCUGUGGCACGAGGAUGAGAGCCGGGAGCGGGUGUACUCGGACACAAAGAAGAUCGGGAGGUGCAUUAGCACCAAGGCCGUGGGCAGCGACUCCCGUGUGGACAUCACGAGCUUCUACAAGUAUCCGGAAGGAUCCCGGAAGGAGAGGCAGGUGUACCGCAAGGCCGUGAGGAAGCUGUUCGGUGUGGAAGCCUCCGGGAGGAGGAGCCGGGUCCGCAGGGCCGGCGGCCGUGGUCUUUGGCGGGAGGACCUCCUGGAGCCCGCCACCAAGCCCAGCAUCACCGGCAAGUUCAAGAUGCUGGAGCCGCCCAUGCUGGGCCACGACCUGAGACUGGCCCUGUGCUUGGCCAACCUCACCUCCCGGGCCCAGAGGGUCCGAGUCAACCUGAGCGGCGCCACCAUUCUCUACACCCGCAGGCCGGUGGCGGAGAUCCUGCACGAAUCCCAUACGGUGCGGCUGGGGCCCGAAGAAGAGAAAAAGAUCCCAAUCACAAUAGCUUACUCUCAGUAUAAGGAAGACCUGACAGAGGACAAGAAGAUCCUGUUGGCUGCGAUGUGCUUUGUCACCAAAGGAGAGAAGCUCCUGGUGGAGAAGGACAUCACUCUGGAGGAUGUCAUCACCAUCAAGGUGCUGGGCCCAGCCAUGGUAGGGGUGGCGGUUGUGGUGAAAGUGACGGUGGUCAACCCCCUCCUGGAGACAGUGGAGGAUUGUAUGCUGAUGGUGGAGGGCAGUGGCCUUCUCCAGGGACAGCUCAGCAUUGAUGUGCCCAGCCUGGAGCCUCAGGAGAGGGCCUCGGUCCAGUUCAACAUCACCCCUUCCAAGAGCGGCCCAAGGCAGCUGCAGGUGGACCUCGUCAGCCCCGACUUCCCAGACAUCAAAGGCUUUGUGAUCAUCCACGUGGCCACAGCCAAGUGACUGGCCACCACCAGGGGCUGAGAGGGGAGGAGAUGGCCCCUGGCCCCUCCCUGUCCACCUCUCUGCCUCUCUUGCGUGGGAGCCAGGAGGCCUGGGUUCCAGUCCUGCUUCGGUUUCUGCCCCACUUUGCGAACAAUUCUCUUGGGCCUGUUUCCCCAUCUGUGAAACAAGGUGUUAGACUCAGCAAUCCUUAAACUUUUGGACAAUGAUGGGUGAUGUUGGGAACCUCUCCCCCCGUCAUCCAUCACCGUCAUUGCUGGCAGGCUGAUCAAGCAUCACUGUGACCAUGGCCCACCCAGCUCUGCCACCCCUGCCCUGCCAGCCCACCAUCACCCUGGCCGACCCCUAGGUUCUCCUUGUUUCCAUCUCAGGUCCUCAACACUCUGACCAGAUCCAGAUCCAAGAAUGUCCUCCCAGCGUUGAAGAGGAACCCGAAAGUGUUAGAGCUGACACCCACACAUCCCUCCACACUCCCGUUUUACGUAGAGGGCAGAGCCUUGUCCACAGCCAUAGGGGAGCUACAGACAGAAUUGGGGUCCGCGUGGAUGCCAUUUACACCACCAAAGUGUUACCCCCAAAGUCAUGUUCUGGAAAUCAUUAGAUUUGAAGCAAUGGGAGAUGUUCCCUCAGUGAAGACCCACGACCAGCACCUGCGGACAGCAGGAGAGAGGCCAUCAAGCCCGGAUUGCAUGUGAGGAUGAAACCCCAAAUCUGAUCCCAUCACGGUCAUCAGGGGCCUCCUACCACCAGCCCAGGGGUUAUUUACUUUCUGAAAAUGGAAACAGUGUUAACUUUGCAAAACACCCCCAGCCGCUUACUACACACGACCGUGUUCUUGGCAUCAAAACAGGACAGAGAUUUCUGGAACGAGGACUGGAGUAGAGACCACCAGGACCUGAGGACAACUGCACAGGUCAGAGAAAUCAGCUCGAAAUGUCCCCGACAGUCAAAAGAAUUACGAUUAGUCACGGAAUUUAAGUCAUCUGAACAACACCAAAACAGGCAGUGAGACACCUCCUGAAUAUGGACUUCCAUGGAAACAAUUUAUGUAGUGAGUCUUUGCUAAAAGGGCGUCAGGCAAACACACAGACAGUGAGGGGUGGGUGAUCCUUGUGACCAAGGCUUCGGUGAAGGCAUUUCUCUGACGAGUCUACACAGCAGGACAGCUUGGAGAACCCAGAUGCGUGGAGGACCCCCUUUCCAAGCCUAGGUUUUGGAUGCUCAUCCUGUCCAUGUAAGAGGGGCAGCUGGAGGUUCAGAAGAGGCAGCCUUUUCCUCAGGAUUGAGCAGCAGGAAGGGGUACUGGGGGCUCAGUACAACAGAGCGGAUCUCCCACUCUUAGUAAAAGGGACGCUCCUGUCAGCAGCGAGACCAAGAUGGUCUCCGCCCCGCCCCCAGUGGCCCCAGACACCCCAUCCUUGAAGCAAGUGCCGACUGCCCAUCUUCCUCAGGCUUGGCUGAACCAAGUUUCAUGUCCCAGGAGGCUGACCCUCUGAGUUGGAGUGUAGGGUGCAGGACAUUUAGUAAGGAAUGACCUGGGGGUCAACACAGUGGAAGGGAGGGGGACGAAGCAGGAUAGGCAGAGAGAGGAAGAGAGUGCUGAUGCCGGCCCAGUGCCAGCUGGGGACCACCCCACGGGCAGCUGUGGAGCUAACAUGGCCUUUGAGAGUUGUCCUAAGUUGGGCCAAGAUGGCUGGGCCUUCCUAUGCCUGCAUCCGUCGCCGAGUGGCCCCCGAAGAGGUGUGACUUUGGGCAAGAUAGCUCCCGACAGUGGAGGCCAUCCCUGAGGGGGUUGACAGUGACGGUCAUCUGCAGGCAGCACCCCCAGCAGUUGGUGCAACAAGCCGUCCACUGAAGGAAGGUCUGGACAAUGUGUCGCCACGUCCACCUGCAUUCUGUCCAACCCAGGGACAGAGCAGUGACAGUACAAGGUCCCUCUGCCCAGGGCGAUGACUUUCCGGCCGGCGGACACAGGUAUUCAAUCACAGCACCUUAAAGGGUGCGAAAAGUAAAAGGAGACCUAAGAGGAAACAAGCAAACAAAUCUGUAAAUAAGCUAAUUACAUGUCCCCGAGGCGUGGGGGCUAGGAUGGCACCUGUCCCCACGGUGGCAUCAGAGAAAGACUCCCCGAGGAAGUGGUAUCCAAGC